AGGAGGGAGUCCUGAGCCAGGGAGUCCUGAGCCAGGGAGUCCUGAGCCAGGAAGUCCAGAGCCAGGGAGUCCUGGGCCAGGGAGUCCAGAGCCAGGGAGUCCUGAGCCAGGGAGUAGGCGGGGCUCUGAGACCGUGGCCAGACUUAAGAAAGGGGGCGCUCGCGAGCACUUCUGACUGGGAAAGACUGCAAUGGCCUGGGAAGUGGGUGAAGCCGGGGGUUUCUUACUCCGGGAAUUCCAGCCCGGGGAUGCGGACGCGGUGCGGGAGCUAUUCGCCGCAGGGAUGGGCGAGUACGGGCCGGCCCUGUGCGCCCAUGUGUUUCAGCAGCCAUGGGUGAUGCUUACCCUGACCGGCGCCUUCCUGCUCUUGGUGGCCAGCGCACACUCCCUGCUGCUGCCCGUGCUGGUCCUGGCGCUGCUGCUGGCAGCCGGCCACCUGGUGCUCGGCCAGAUCUGGGCCCAGUACAUCCGGCGCUGCCUCUCUCAGGACCUGAAGGAUAUUGGAGACGCGUACGCGCCACAGUGCGGGGCUCGGUUCUGGGUGGCUGAGGCCGGAGGCCAAGUCGUGGGUAUGGUGGGCGCACGGCCCGAGGAGGGCCACGGCCCCUCCGGUGUGCUGGAGCUAAAACGCAUGGUGGUGCGCCGAGACCACCGGGGCCGGGGCGUGGGCAAAGCGCUGGGACGAGCUGUGCUGGCCUUCGCCUGCGAGCAGGGAUGCCGCGCCGUGGUGCUCGUCACUCACCGUUUGCAGCGGGAAGCCCGGAGCCUUUAUCUCAGCCUGGGCUUCCGGCCCGAGACACCGCAGCCGUUUCCCAGCUUCUACGGACGCCUGGUGGACUUCACACUCACCCGCUACCGUUAUGACCUUGCCCCUGGGGAGUAAGGCGCCGCUGCCUGGGGACGACCUUGUACAGGAGGACGGAGUAUCCUGGAAUAAGAGAGAGAGAGAGCAGAUCUGGAACCCCUUUCUCUUUGGCUCAGGGAGGGACCCAGCUCAAAACGUUAUUGCAUUUAGGAUUAACUGGCCUUGGGAUUUCAGGGAGCCGUGAGCGUGUAUAUAUGUGUGCGUAUUUGCUUCCUGAACCAGUCAUUUCAGCGCCUGGGGACACAGUUACCAGAGACCAGAUUGUACUUUGUAAUUUCUAAGGUUUCUGGAAUCUGUUAAAUAACGGGGCUAUGCAAUGGAGAGAAGUGAUGAAGUAUAUUAUAUUGCAGCAUAUAGUAUAUGCUUUUUUUUUUUUUUGUUAAAUAUCCCCCCCCCCUUUUUUUUGUUAAAUAUUCAAGUUAUUGUUGUUAUGGCUUUGGGGUUAAGGGGUACUAAUAUACCUGGAAAGAAGAAAGACCAGAAGAUUAAAAAAACAAAAACUAUUAAAUGCCUUCUUCCUUGAAUUUUCUGAACUACUCUAAAUUGUAUUAGCAAUCCUACCCUUUCUCUCCCUGCUUCCCCGGAGUUGCUAGAGCUUACUAUUAAACAUAUCAAAAAUAAGUUCCCAAAUGAGUACCUAGCAUGUCUGAAAUUCUUUCAUUGUCUUUAUGAGCACUAUUUCAAAUUUAUCUUGUUAUAAUUUCACUAGGAGUUAAUAAAAGCCUUUCUUAAAAUUAAGGUAAUAUUUGGAAGAUUAAGCUAAUUGGACAUUCAUUCAUCUUAUUAUGAAUUAGUUGUAAAAUCAAAAAUAUGUCUAAAAUCUAUUUUUUAAUAAUUGCAGAGCUCAUGCCCCAGGGCAACAAAAAUGAAUAAUACCUAGUAGCUCUCUUCAUCCAUAAUUUGAGUAUGGGAAAGAGGACUUAAACAAAAUGUUAUUUGUUGUUCAGUGAUUUUCCAAUCCUGUCUGACUAUUUCUAAAUGGUGAAGAAACUGAGGUAACAAGGUUAAGUGACUUGUUCAGAGUCACAUUAUUAGUGUUUGAUACUGAAUUUGAACUCAAGGCCCAGCACCAAUCACUGCCCCACCUAGUUGUCCUUUAUAUAAAAUAGAAUAAAACUAAUAAGAAAUUGAGUUCAAUGAAAGAUGAGGCUUAAAAUAUGAGAAGGCAGUUAAAGGGAUAUUAGGGAAGAUUUUAUGAAAGAGUUGAGACCAAAUUGUUCCUUGAACAGAAAUGUAAAAUGAGAAAAUAAAAUGAAGUUUCAUUGAUGAAGAGAGAGAAGUCAUUUCAAAAAAUUAGAUGCUACAGAGAUGGAUGGCCCCAACUGAGGUUAAAUGUUAAAAUGUUUAAAAACGUUAAAAAAAAAAAAAAAG